GCCAUAUUGAAAUUUCAACCGAAUGGCUAGCUGUCAUUCUCGGGUGAAAAAAUCUUUUCUUUCACAAUUUCGACGAGAACUGCUGUGCGUUAUUCGGUUUUAAAAUAUCUAAACAAAUUCGUUAUUUGCCGGUUGCCGCAACUAAUAAAAAAAUAAACACGCGCCGCUUGCAGAGUUGUUGUUGUCGUCUGGGCGAACAGCAAAAUUGUGUGUGAUUAGCGCGCCGCUUCUUAUUUUCAGCGGCGGCAGCAGCGAAUUGUGAAUUUGUUAGGUUUUAAGUGCUAAGAUUGGUGCGGAUCGUAGGGUUCGCAGGUCCCAGGAGCAGGACAAAGACCAGGAACCAUGAGCGGCAGUACUCCGGGGGGCGAAAGUGCCCUGGUGAAGGUAGCGACGCCUUCGCCAUCGCCGCUGGCCAGACUAGAUGUGGACUAUACGGGUUCCAAGUUCGAGAUGCACUCGUCGCUGUCGGACGAGGAGCGCCGGUUCUACCUGAAGAUGUACCCCAACGUGGAUCUGGUGAACCAGCGGAAGGUGCACUGCACCGUGUGCAAACUGCAUCUGGGCACAGCGCCAGCCUCCGAGAACAACAUCAAGAUGCAUCCGAUCCUGCGAGUGACGCACUGCGUCAAGUGCCAUGACUUCUACAACAGCGGCGAGUUCUCCAAGGGCGAGGACGGCUCCGAGCUGUACUGCCGCUGGUGCGGCCAGGGUGGCGAGGUCUACUGCUGCUCAUCCUGCCCGUACGUCUUCUGCAAGUCCUGCAUAGUCAAGAACCUCUCCAAGGGCGUCAUCGUGGACAUCGAGCAGAACGAGCACUGGAACUGCUUCAGCUGCACCUCCAAGAUCCUCUGGCCACUGCGCGCCCAGCACUGGGCCCUGGUCAACUACCUGCAGACGCAAAAGAGAGCCCUACAAGGCUUGCAGCUGCCCGAGCUGGAGGCUCGCCGCCAAAUGCUCAAGGAUAACAGCAACUGCUGCCGUUUGGCCAAGUCGAAGGCCAGCAGCUUAUCCGACUCCAUGGAGAGCUUGGAGUCCAAUGUCUCCAAGCGCAGCCACGGCAGCUCGGUGGGCUCGACCAAACGAGGAUCCCUGACCAAAGCCGCUCCAUCGGCACCGCCGGCCAAACGUCCAAAAUCUUCCAACGACGAGGUGGUCUGCACACCGGAUCUGCUCAGCAUGCUGGAGCCGGACUGCCAGCUGUCUGUGACCCCCAAACCGGCUGGCCGUCCGCCGAUGGCAGCGUCGAAUAUUACAACCACUCCCAGGAUUGUCACCGUCCAGCAGAACUACCAACCGGGACCAAGUUCCAGUUCCAGUAGCAGCAGCAAUGGUGGUGCCAGUGGGUCCUCCGCGAUGGCAAUGCCGCGUAGCAGCCUGCCACCGCCACUGGUGCUCAGUGGGUCGGGGAUUCGCUACCGCCAGAGUUCCCCUGGUGGCGUUGUGCGACGCACCGUGGUGCCCAACUCGGUGAAGAGCGCCGGGCCAGUCUUCCACACCAUCAAUGGCUACCGGGUGGAUUUGAACAGCGCUGCACAGCAGGACUCCUACCGCCUUCCCAACGGACGUUUGAUUCAGGUGAAGCGCCAGUUGCCUCAAGCCACCGGUCAGCCCUCGCCACCGCCACCUCUUCCUGCUCUGGCUAUACCUCCCGUGGGUCCUGGCGUGGUCAUCCGGCCACGGCCUCCGAUUCCGUCUAACCGGCCCCCGCUGCAUAUCAGCAGCUACGGCUCCAACAUGGGCAUCUACAACCCGCAGUCGGGUCAAUCGCAGCGACCGCCGCAAGUGCGAAUGGCGAGUGCCAUCCAAGGGCCUCCAGCCGUUCCAGGUCCGCCGCCGAGCGCCAAUGGGGGCCUGACGAUUACCCCGGCACAGCCUCCAGCUGCCAAGGGUCCAACGCUGGUGCGUCACAUGUUUCCCAACACGACGAUGGGACAGGCACGCGCCCAGCUGCAGGAGCAGAUCUUCGCCGCCAUGGAGAUCUGCACCCAUCUCACCGGCAAAGUGGUCUCGCUUACCCACUCGAACGCCUACAACCAGGUGCGCAACUUCCUGGAACUCAAGGAGCUGUACAUCCACAUGUCCUACUUGAUGACCUACGCCAUCGGGCGGUUCAAGAAUCUGCAGGAGAAGUGUCUUGUGGACAUGCGGGAGAAGGGCUUUAAGAACGACGCCAACAGUCUGGAGAACGGUCAACUGGCAGCCGCCGUCGACUACGUUUGCUACGGCCAGCUGGACGACGUGGAUCUCUUCAACACGGGCUGCAAUAGUUUCCACAAUCAGGUCUAUGAGUACCGAAAGAGUCUGCAUGCCAAUCUGAAGGAUGGCGAGGACUGCGAGCCACUGCCGCCGCUGAUGCCGCUGGGAGUUCGGGCUGAAGGCGAUCCCAUCGACGAACCGGAGGAGCCGGAAAUAGUGCAGGAACAGCAGCGAGGCGACAACGAAGAAGCGGAUGACAUUGACUACGAUGAACCGGACGAUUUGGAUGAUGAUUUGGACGACGAUGAGCUGGACAAUGAGGAGUGCGGCGAACUGGGCACCGAGGAGAGCAUGAAUCGCAACGAACAGGCUCACGCCUACGACCGCAAGUUGACCCGGCUCCUCCGCGAGUAUCCAUCGUUGUGGUGCACCCGACACCCCGAUUACGGAAAGAAAGAGGUCACCAACAAGCAAUGGCGGGUGAUUGCCAGCCACUUUCCGCGCGGCGACGACAUCAAGCUGCGCUGGAAGAACGUGCGGAAGCGAUACGUUCGCAUCGAGAGGCGACUGAAGCAGGGAAAGCGUUUCAAGGGCUACUUCGAUAAGGCCACCAACUAUCUGGAGAACAGGGAUCGGCCGAGAAGCGAAUGGCUGGCGGUGGACUGCGGCGAGGAUGAUGGCGAUGGCUUCGAGCGCAAGCACCUCGACGUAAUCGAGAACACAAUGGAGCAAAAGGCACUCAAGCAGCCAGCGGUAAAAAUCAAACCAAAAGGUGGCUCUCGAGUGCCCAUGCGUCCGCUCGAGGUGCGUCCCAUUGAUCAGCGCAUCAUAACCUUCGCCAAAAGCCAUCCAGUGCUCUGGCGUAAAUCCGCCGAUCCCGAGUUCAACAGUAUUGACGAACAAACCCGCAAGUCCCUGUGGCAGAACUUCUGGAAGUCUGCACCCAAUUAUGCCUGCGAGUAUCUUGUGGAGCGCUGGCAGCAAAUGUACGAGAUGUACAAGUCCUUCCGCCUCAAGAGUAUCAAGGACAAGGGCAUCUUUGCCAAUCUGGAGCUAAAGUACUCAAAGUACUUGGCCAGCUUGUACUUCCUGUACAAGAUCGACGAGCAAGACCUGCGCGACGAGUUCGAGCCGCUGCAGGAUUGCGUGCCGAAGGGUGCAGACUCCGCGGGAAAGCUAAAAGACAUGCCGGAUGACAAGCAGUUCUCCCAACAACUAGUUCUGGCCAUGCGGGCCUAUCCCACACUCUGGAAUCCACGCCAUGUGGACUACAGCGAUGUGGGAGCCAGAGAGCGGCUCUGGCCGGAAGUGGCCAGGCGGUUGCCCCGCUUCAAGAGGGAUGCCCAGGCCUGCAAGCUCCGCUGGCAGAUGGCCAAGUUUGCCUACGAGUGCUACUGCCGCGAAAUGGAGCGACAUCCACGGGUCAACGAACGAAAGCUUCAGAAGCUGCGUUGCAAUUUUCCGCUCGAGGAGAUGCGCUUCCUGAACAUUUAGACUCGACAUUCCAGUCCUUUUCUAGGCUUAGUUUUUUGUACUUUGAGAUUAUAGCUUAAGCUUAAGUAAACAGUAUUUGCCAACAUUGCCAGGAGCCAUACUUACAAAUAUAAA